AUGAAGUGCCUGGUCACCGGCGGCAACGUGAAGGUGCUCGGCAAGGCCGUCCACUCCCUCUCCCGGGUCGGGGAAGAGCUGUACCUGGAGCCGCUGGAGGACGGGCUCUCUCUCCGGACCGUGAACUCCUCCCGCUCUGCCUAUGCCUGCUUCCUCUUUGCCCCACUCUUCUUCCAGCUGUACCAGGCGGCCACCCCUGGUCAGGACCCGCUGCGCUGUAAGAUCCUGAUGAAGUCGUUCCUGUCCGUCUUCCGCUCGCUGGCGAUGCUGGAGAAGACGGUGGAGAAGUGCUGCAUCUCGGUGAACGGCAGGAGCAGCCGCCUGGUGGUGCAGCUGCUCUGCCGAUACGGGGUGAGGAAGACUCACAACCUGUCCCUCCAGGACUGUGAGUCCCUGCAGGCUGUCUUCGACCCCGCCUCGUGCCCCCACCUGCUGCGCGCCCCGGCGAAGGUUCUGGGGGAGGCUGUCCUGCCCUUCCCCCCUGCGCUGGCUGAAGUGACGCUGGGCAUUGGCCAUGGUCACAGGGUCAUCCUGCGAAGCUACCAGGAGGAGGAGGCAGACAGCGCCACCAAGGCCAUGGUGACUGAGAUAAGCAUUGGGCAGGAGGACUUCCAGCAGCUGCAGGCCGAAGAAGGGGUGGCCAUCACCUUCUGCCUCAAAGAAUUCCGGGGGCUCCUGAGCUUCGCGGAGUCAGCGAACUUAUCUCUCAGCAUUCACUUCGAUGCUCCCGGCAGGCCAGCCAUCUUUGCCAUCAAGGACUCUCUGCUGGAUGGCCACUUUGUUCUGGCUACGCUCUCGGAGCCAGCCCCGAACUCCCAGGACCUGCACUUCCCGGAGCCCUGCCGGCCAGCGCCUCCGCGCCAGGCCCACAGCGCCCCCCAGCUGGAUGACUUUGCCAAUGACGACAUCGACUCUUACAUGAUCGCCAUGGAAACCACUGUGGGCACUGAGAGCUCAAGAACGCUCCCCCCCAUCUCCCUCUCACCCGGCCUCCAGCGCCCCUGCAGCUCCGAAGAGGAAGAGGAAGAGGAAGCUGAGCCGAGCACCGUGCCUGGGACCCCCCCACCCAAGAAGUUCCGCUCCCUGUUCUUCGGCUCCAUCCUGGCCCCCACACACUCCCCCCUGGGCCCCAGCCCUGUGCUGGCUGAGGACAGUGAGGGCGAAGGCUGA